AUGCAUUACUUUCAACCACAAGAACAAUUCCAGCAUUUACCCAACGAUACGGAGUUACUUGGUAAGCAUCAAGUCACCCAUGAACCGUCUUACGUAGAUCAUGCCACCGCUGAACCACAAAAGAAAAAAACAAAGUUCAGUUGCCGGUUUUGUGACCGGAUAUUCACGAAAGUAUGCUAUUUAAAUCAACAUACCAACGCUCAGCACAACGAGCAAAGGCGGUUCAAGUGCACAAAGUGCGGAAAGAAGUUUGUAUCGCAGGAAAUCCUUGACGCUCAUACGGAGAAACAUAUACGCGAUAAACCAUACAAAUGCAGCAUUUGCCCGAAGCAGUACAAUUUUAGGGCCGACUUGAAGAGACACAUGUUCAUGCAUGAUAAGAGCAACAACCCUUAUAUUUGCACGAUUUGUGGUAAGGGAUUUUCGAGGAACGAUCAUUUCAAGAAUCACUGCUUGAUUCAUGAGAGGAAGGCUCUCUUAAAGGAUUUGAUUGUGUAA